GUCCAUUGCGGGUUGCACCUUGGCGCGGACCAGCAUGGACGAGGAGCAUGGGUCUCUGCCGCGACCGUCGAUCGCAUCGCUGGAGCAUGCAAGCCUGCGCUACCUCCUCGAGGUCGUGCCCAAGCUCGUGCAGGAUGCGCCCGCGCCGGUCAAGGACGAGGUCGGCGCGCUCCUGCUGGACCGCGUGCGCGCCGAGACCGAGUCGGAAGAUGGCGUGAACCAGCUGCUGCGCCUCAUGGGCAUCUACCUCCACUCAAGCCAAGCCAUCACGGAGGCCAUCGUCGAGCUGCUCUACGGGUCGUGCUACCGCGUCGUACUCAUCCACCACCUGCCGCAGCUCACGUACCAGUCGCCAAAGUGCAUUGACCUCGUGCUACAAGCGUACAAGGACCUCCUCGAGUGCGAUAGCGCGCUCCUCGUCCCGCUCCUCGGGUCGCUCAUCGACAUGCCACUGUCGCCGUCGCAGCAGAACGAGAUCGUGCUGCUCGCCCACACGAUGCUCGACAGCGUCGAUGAGACCGACGUGCCGUCCGUCAUCCGCAGUCUCCUUGCGCUGCUCACGCCGACGACGGGCGCCGCCACACUGCGUCAGAUCCGCCAGCAAGCGACGAGUCUGUCGCUGCCGCAUCUGCACCUCGUCCUCGACGUCAUGGCUGGACAGCUCUACUCUGGCUCGGUCGUCCUCAAGUACACGCUUCGGUCCAUUCGCGCGGCCGACGACCUCGAUCGUCUCGACGGUCUCUGGCUUCUCUCGCUGCUCCAGCGGUCGUCCGAACACACGACGGCGUGGAAGUGCCUCCUCCACAUUCACAAGAAGAUCACGCUGCACUGGCUGCUGUCGCUGCAGCACGUCGUAGCGUCGUCGGUCUUUGCGUCGUACCAAGCCAGCUACGUCCAGCUCUGCUCACUGCUGCUGGACGUCGCGUUUCACAAGCAAACCGCGCUGGCCGUCGGAACGAACCUCGUCUCGCAUGCGAUCCAGAGUCUCACGGCGCUUCUGCGCGAGAGCGUCGACCCUCAAAGCGUGCUGCAGCUCCUUCUGCACCUCGUCGGGCAGUCGCACAAGUGGGACACGAGUAUGCGCGAGAGUCUGCGCCGUCACAUGGCCGUCACGGCGGCCGUGGGUGUCGCCGACGCCCUUUCAUCGCUUCGCGCGUACGGCCAUCUGGUGCUCGACACGGUCCACGUGGUGAGCGCGACGAAAGGCGACAACACGUCGCUGCUCGACCCGCUCUGCUUUGCUGUCGUCCAGCUCGUGCCGCAGGACCCGUCGCUCUACACGCUUCUGAUGAUGACGAUUCAAAAGCAUAUUUUGCAGCCAGCGUCGCCGCUCCAGCUCACCUCGAUCUUGCUCGCCGCGCACUUGACGUACGCCAACGUGGUCACGCCCACGGACCGGCGCACGAUCACAGCGUGGAUGCUACGUCUCCUGGCCUACGCCCCGCUCUCGGUCGUGCCCGGUGUUGCCACGUAUCUCUGCGCGCACGUCGACGCGUCGCUAGCCGAGACACACAUUUUGCCCGCGCUGCGGCGCCGGCGCAUGCUUUCGGCGACCCGAGAGCUCUCCUUGCCGGCGUAUUUCCAACACCACGCCCAGAGCAGCGAGAGCACGGCCGCGCUCGCCGAGCUCGUGCGCUGCCUUAUCGCCUACGCCCCGCCCGCGCUUCUCGAACAAGUUGUGUCGCAGCCCCUCAUUGCCGCGUGGCCCGAGGAGUUCGGGCUCCAAGAGUCGCUGGCGACCAUGUUCCAGGCUGCCAUGUACGUCGGCGUGACGCUGCUCAACACUCUGUUCGCGGCUGGUCGGCGCGACGCCGUGCUCGAUCGCCUGUGGCACCAAGUGGUCGGGUACUUUGACCAGCACAAGCAGACGGUGCACGAGAAGACGUCGUUGGGCUAUCUGCGGCUCUUGAAUGACGCGGUGGUCUGCUACUUUUUAACGCAGUCGCCGCCCACGGAAUCGACGCCGCCGUCGCUGGGUCAAGCGCGCUGCAUUCACUUGCUCUACAUUGGGCUCGUGGACCGCGACGCGCCGCCGCCACCGCACUGGCGCCUCUAUGGCACGUACGUCACGACACUCAACUCGCACUUCGCGCUCGACGUGCCGUGGGCAGCGUACAUCACCGCGCUCACGUCGACGACGACCGAUUCGGUCGCUGAAACGUUGCUGCAGGUGUAUGCGAUUCUGGGGGCGCUGCUUGCCGCCGAUCGGGACGCCUUCUUGAGCGCCUUUGCCGAGCGUGAGAUGCCGCUGUGGGAGGCCGCCGACGUCUUCUACAGCUUUGUAUCAAGCCAUCUUCGUCAACUUCAGGACGCCCAAGUGCUCUGUGCGGCAUUGGACGUGCUCGUGCUCGUGUGCACAGACGCCCCGUUGAUGCUGCAAGACGUCGCGCAGCUCGCCAAGACACUCCUCUCGACUGUCUAUCCGCACGCCAAUGUCGAGACGAGUGCGUGGAAGGGCUACUUAACCCUCUCGCCAACGCCGCUUGCGGUCACGUGGCUCGACCACAGUUCGUUUCUCAAGAGCUAUGCACCGACGCACGCCGCGUCAUCCUUGUACUACUUGCACCACUGCUACGCCACGGCGUUUGCCCUCUCGCCGCUACCGCUGCCGUUUCUAUCGUGGACCGCCGACGUGCUCACGACGAUGGUCACGGACGACGUCGACAUCGCGCCAGGACUGCGCACGUGCACGCGUGCGAGCUUUCCGCAGCUCUUUACGUCGUUUUGGCUCAGUGUACUCUCGAUGGCGACGCAUCCGACCUUGGCCCCGACGCCGACCAAUGACCCAUACCACCGCAUCACAAGCUACCUGCAAGUGCUCUCGAAAGCCAUUGCGCUCGCCCAUAUAGGCGACCUCUACAGCUCGGAGCUGGCCCGGAAGACGUACGAGUUCUUAUUUUUCUCAUUUUUCGAGAUGCCAUGUUGCGUAGCGUCCCGCUGCUCGUGCGCGCGUGUCAGUUUCUCUGCGAACGCGUCGUCGUCAUCGUCGACAAGUGCCUCCAGUGGCGACUCGGAGCCCCCGAGAUCUCAGCCGACAAGAGUCUCUUGGCGCCAAUGUGCCAUGACGUACUGCUGGUGCUGGAGGCGAUGGAGCGCUACGUGCAGUACAUCCAGGCGCUCAUGGUGGUGCACAUGAAGACCGUCAUGGAGCGCGCCAAAGGCACCAACAAGCUCUCGGCGCUGGCCAAAAAGAAGGGACCGCCAGUCUGGACGAUGCUGCACCGCAUUCCCCAAGUCAAGCAACUGCCGCAACUCAAACGCUGGAUCCAUCGAGCGAAGGCGUCCUUGAGCCUCACCAUGCACCGGGAGCAAAUCCCGUCGCUGGACGACGAGACGGCCGAUGCGCGCACCGCCGAGACGACCGUCUCGUUGGACGAAAGCGAUGGCGCCCGCCGGACGACGCACGACGCUGCGUACCGGUGGCAGAAGCGCGCCCGCAAGGACCAGCACGUCGCAUGGGCCAGCAGCGACGAAGACGAAGCCAAGGAAGACGACGACGCCGACGACGACAAUAACAACGACGAGGGCGCAUUGUGGUCGGGCGACGAGGGCGAGAGUGGCUUCCACGCCUCCGUCGCGACGACCAAGUCGGUGCGGCACGACAUUGAGGCGCUUCAGACGCCGAUGAAGCUACGGCUCCACGAGAACGCGACCCUUGGCUUUGCCUCGGUCGUGAUCGACUUCAAGACCAAGCGCACGACCCGCUUGUAGCUGCAUCGGUCGCCUACCUAUAACACGCGAAUAGUACGUGGCGUGGUGUCGCGCUUGAGCUUCUU